UCUUCCCCACUCAAAUUUACCCAUAAAAAAAAAAAACUAACUCAAAUUCUUAAAUUUCUCUCAACAAGAACCAAAUCAAUGGGCUCUACUUCUACCAAUUCGCCCCUUUUUCAAAGCAAAGACGAGCUCCAGAAAGUCUUUAACCAAUUCGACGCAAAUCAGGACGGCAAGAUCUCCCUAUCGGAGCUCGGCGGCGUGUUAAAAGCCAUGGGAUCACCCUACACGGAGGCGGAACUCGAGCGUGUAAUGGAGGACGUCGACACGGAUAGAGACGGGUUUAUAAACCUCGAAGAGUUUUCUCAGAUUUGUAAACCGUCGGAAUCGGCCGACGCGGCUAGCUCUGAGCUGAGAGACGCGUUCGAUCUGUACGAUCAGAAUAAAAACGGGCUGAUUUCGUCGGGUGAGUUGCAUCUCGUUUUGAAUCGGUUGGGUAUGCACUGCUCCGUUGAGGAUUGUGUUCGGAUGAUCAAGACCGUUGAUUCUGAUGGCGAUGGGUGCGUUGAUUUUGUUGAGUUUCAGAAGAUGAUGGCUAAUAAUGCUCAGAAUAUUGGUAAAUGAAGUAUGAUCUGACGGUUUGGGUUUAUUUUGCUGUGUUUUUAUGAAUUAAUGGUGUGAUUUUGCUCAUGGGUAGUGAUUAAAUGAGAUGGAAAUUAGGGGUUAAUUUGGGAGUAGUUGCUAAUUUUAUGAUGAUAUUAAUAUAUAAUUAUGGAUUAAUGGAAAUGCAAUUUUAAUAUUA